AUGGAGGAGUUUUUCAGGUUUGUGGGACUGACUUUCUUUGUAACACUGGUGAAACUGAGUACGAUCAGAGAUUACUGGAAAAAAAACACAAUUUUCAGUGUCCCUUUUGCAGCCAAUAUCAUGUCACGGGACAGGUUUCAUGUGAUAUCUUGGAACAUCCACAUGAGUGAUCCUGAGGAAGAUGUUGAGAAUGACAGAAAGAAAGGGACACCAGAUCAUGACCGCCUGUUCCGACUGAAGCCCCUCCUGGACACCAUCAAAAAUGCUUGCUUAGCAUAUUACCACCCCAGGCAGAACCUUGCGAUUGACGAGAGGAUGGUGGCGACAAAGGCCCAUACUGGAAUGACGCAACACAUGAAAGCAAAGCCGAUCAGGUGGGGUUUCAAGCUCUUUGUUUUGGCUGACAGCAGCAAUGGCUACACUGUGGACUUUAAUGUGUACACUGGAAAGUCACAGUUUGUCUCAGGCGUUGGACUUGCAUAUGACUCUGUGAUGUCCCUGAUAAACACAGAAUAUCUGGGCAGUGGCUUUCGUCUAUAUGUGGAUAAUUUCUACACCAGUCCAAAACUCUUCAAGGAUCUGUUUAGCCUGAAUGUCGGAGCAUGUGGCACAUACAGAGCCAAUAGAAAAGAUUUUCCCCACACAGACUCAAAUGCGCUGAAGAAAAAUGCUCCUAGAGGCUCUAUCAGGUGGAUCCGUGAAGGCCCAUUGGUUUUUGUGAGGUGGAUGGACGCACAUGAGGUCUCUAUCUGCUCUACAAUCCACCCGGCAUUCUCUGGAAACACUGUGAAGAGGAGAGUCAAAACACAGGGUGACGACUGGACCACCAAAUGCAUUCCAUGCCCAACACCUAUUGUGCAAUAUAACAAGCACAUGGGCGGUGUUGAUAUAUCUAACCAGCUGAUACAGUAUUACUCUGUACAUCACAAGAGCAUGCGCUGGUACCGGACCUUGUUCUUUCACUUCCUGGACAUUGCAGCCACCAACAGCUACCUCCUCCACAAGGAGCUUUGCAGAGAGAAGCAGGAGGAACCCAUGAGCCACAGGGAGUUCCUGCAGGAGCUGACAGCCCAGUUGUGUGGUGUCACAGUUAAAACCCCUCCUGCCCAGACACGCAGUAGCCACGUACCUGUGGCUAUUACUAAAAUACUUGAUGUAAGCAGGAAGGCUUCGUAUGGACGCAGGGCCUGCAUAAACUGCAGGCAGACCAGGAAGGCCAAACAGGCUACCCCCUGGAAGUGUAAGGAGUGCGAUGUGGCCCUCUGUGUCAUUUCAGACAGGAACUGCUUUGAGGCAUGGCACAGCUAA